UAUGCAAGUACGUUAAUCAUUCCAAACACAACCACUACAGAGUAAUCAUUCAACUCAACUCAAUUUCAAGCCACCUUCGACUGUAUUAAAAUGCGUGCCUUCAUCGUGUUGUCAUUACUCGCCGUUGCCUACGCUGAUAGCUUGGGCUACAACUAUCGUCCUGUGGGUCAUUCGGACUCCGGCCUUUCCUUUGCGCCAGGUGCCAGCAGUGGUGGGGUAGGUGGUGGAUUGGGCGGUCUUGGUGGACUAGGCGGUGGAUUAGGUGGUAGUGGUGGAUUAGGCGGCAACAAUGGCGCCGCCACACAAGUGUCACCUUCUUACUCAGCACCCGCCGCUGAAUUCGACAAGGAGUUCUACAGUUACAGCGCUGAUGAAGAUGCCUUCAAUGAACCCGCUGGCAGUGAACAAAUCGAAGCUUCGUUGAAGAAGAAUCUGCGCGUUGUCUUCAUCAAGGGACCCGAAAAUAAUGGUUUGGAGAACGCCGCCGCCAAUCUAGCCAGACUUGCUGCCGACCAGAAAACCGCCAUCUAUGUUUUGCAGAAACAGAGCGAUAUUGGAGAUUUGGCUAACAAACUCAACUCUAUCCAAGGCCAGAGCGCACACAAACCCGAAGUACACUUCGUUAAAUACCGUACCCCUGAGGAUGCCGCCAACGCACAACGUGCUAUCCAAUCGCAAUACGACCAAUUGGGCGGUAACUCUCAGUCUCAUGACGGUGGUGUUGCUCCAGUGCACAACUAUGCUUCUGAGGCUUCUCGUCCAGCACCACGCAUUGCAAGCGCUCCCGGUUCUGCCUACUUGCCCUCUUCCAUCAUCCGCGUUUAAGUAGAAUUGUCUGCUGCUGUAAGGAAAUAAUUCAAAAUGAGUUGUUGAUAUAUUCCUAAGGACCAUUGUUAUUGUUGUUUAUACUAUAAGCUGUUUUAUAA